UUGUCCAUACAAUGAAAGUCAAUAGGAUACAGUGUUGUUUUCACUGUAUGAACAAAUACUAAUCAAAAUAUUUUCUUCGGUGUUCCGCAGAAGAAAGAAAAUCAUACAGGAUUUCACUUCUGGGUGAACUAUCAGUUUAAUGCUUGCUAUAACAGUUGCUCUAAUUGUGUUCUAAGUGACUUCCUGCAACCGUCAUCUAAACUCAUACUGUGUUUGUAGUUCAGCACCUCCACCCUCGGUGCUAAUCUAUAAAUACAGGUGUGUUUCUGCUUCAGUUGCUCUUUCAAUUCACCUGUCUUUCUCACAGCUUUCUUUUAGAAAAUGGCAGAAUCCGAAUACCUGGACUACACCUGCCCACUCUGCACAGACACCCAGCAAGACCCCGUCACCAUCCCGUGUGGAGACACCUUCUGUCUGGAGUGCAUUAAGAUCUACUGGGACCAUUCUGACCACCUCGGCGUGUAUAGUUGCCCGCAGUGCCAGGCGACCUUCACUCCUCGGCCCAUACUCAGACGUACCGUACCCCACGUAGGUAACCCGGAGCCUCGGCCGCCCCCACGUGAGCUCACCCCGUUUCCGUACUUCAAGCGGGACGCGCUGUGUGAUUUCUGUACCGGUCGGCGGAGCAAAGCGGUGAAGUCGUGUCUGAUGUGUCUGGCCUACUACUGCGAGACGCACAUCAAGCCUCACUAUGAAUCAGCCACGUUUAAAAGACACAAACUGGUGGACGAGACAGGACACCUAGAUCGGAAGAUCUGCCCACAGCAUGAAAAAGGCUUAGAGCUUUUCUGCCGCUCAGAUCAGAUGUGCAUCUGUGUGCUGUGUACAGUAAGAGAACAUCGCAGCCACAACAUAGUCAGUGCAGAUGAUGAACGCACAGAGAAACAGAAAAUCUUGGUGGUGACUCAGACAGAGGUUCAGCACAUUAUCCAGGAUCGAAUGAAAGAACUUCAAGAACUCAGACACAAUGUGGAUGUUCUCAAGGGAAAUGCACAGCGGGCACAGACUGACAGUGAUAAAAUCUUCAGCGAGAUGUUACAGGCGGUAGAGCGGUGGCAUGCUGAGAUAAGCCAGCUCAUACAAGCCAACCUACAGGCCUCCAUGGCUCAGGCUCAGGGCUACAUAGAAAGACUUGAACAAGAGAUCAUGGAGCUUCAGAGGAGAGAUGCUGAACUACGUCAAAUACUUGACACAGAGGACAACAUUCACUUCCUGCAGAAUUUUCCCACACUAUCAGUUGCACCGGAGCCCAUGGUGCCCAAAGUGCUGAUAAACCCAGAGUUUUCCUUCAGUGAGAUCACCAAGACCGUCUCUGACAUGAAAGAACACCUGGACGACAUCUGCAAAAAAGAGCUGGGAAACAUCUCCAAACGAGUGAGUGACACUUCAGUCUAUGUCCUGAUUCCGAGGUCUGGAGGACGUUUGAGUGCUUCGAUAAGAACUGACCUCCCAGAGCCUAAAUCAAGACUGGAUUUCCUCAGAUAUUCUUGUAAACUUACAUUUGAUCUCAACACCGCCUAUAAAGAGCUAGUUCUUUCAGAUGGGAAUCGUCGGGUGAUCCGGAAGCGAACAACCCAGUUCUACCCAGAUCACCCGGAGCGGUUCGAUGGGUUUUGCCAGAUCCUGUGCAAGGAACCGCUCAGUGGAUCACGGCAUUACUGGGAGGCAGAGUGGAGUGGUGAAUUUUCCAUCGGAGUUGCCUACAAGAGCAUCAGCCGCAAAGGUAAGAACUCCAACAGCCUUCUGGGAUACAAUGAUAAAUCCUGGAGCCUCCUGUGCUCAGACUCUGGAUACUCCGCCUGGCACAAUAAGAUGGAUAAAGAUCUGCCGGGAGCAGCUCGUGCCACACGGAUCGGUGUGUACCUGGAUUACGCUGGAGGAUCUGUAACCUUUUACACUGUGUCUGAGACAAUGGAGCUCGUCCACAGAUUUCAGGCUAAAUUCUCGGAACCGCUGUAUGCUGGAUUUGGCGUUGGAUCAUCUGUAAUUCUGUGCAUGCUGGAGAAGAGCAACCGAACAUACCGCUAAAGGGUUCUGAGCUGACCUUUGACCCUGAGCUCUUUUACAGAUUAAUCAAACAGAAUCUUGGGAGGGUGAAAUUAAAUUGAAAAAAAAAAAAAAAUCAUAUUGAAUUUAAGACCACACUGAGUGUUGGGGGAUGGGGGUUAAGAUGAUUAUUAUGACAUUUUCAGAAGAAUUUUACCCUCCAAUUCUUAUUACUGUAAUGCUAAAUACAUUCUCUAAUAUUUUUAAUAUGUGAUACUUUUAUUUUCUAAUAAACACACUUCUGCUCCUCA